AUGGUUCUGUAUUUGUGCUUAAGACAACCUUUUUUUAAAGGGGAAAUAGAGGUGAAAAGUUUCAGCUCUGAAGUAGCAGCUUUUGGGAAAAUAGUGGUGAACUCUGUUCUUGAAGCUGUUGUUGCUGAGACCUUUUUGGUUACUCAGAGAUCUGUUGCUUCUCUGCUCAUGGUGGUGGGAUGUUUGCUGAAGGAUGGUGCUCCAUUGCCAGAGUUGGCAACCAUUGCUCCAUCGUCAGAGUUUGUAAGCAUUGCUCCAUUGUCGGAGCUGAUAAGCCCCGGUAGAAGGUUUCCCUUUGAGGCGCUUAGUCAAAAGAACCAAGCUUGUACCCAGGUCAAAGAUGGCAGUGAUACAGAGGAUGAUAAUGAUGACGACGAUGGAGAUGCUGAGGAUCAGGAUGAUGACGAUGAUGCAAACGACGAAGAUUUCUCAGGUGAAGAAGAGGGAGAUGACGACGAAGAAGAAGGAGAUCCUGAGAAGGAUCCUGCAGCUAAUGGCAACGAAGGGAGUGAUGACGAUGAUGAUGAUGGUGAUGAAGGGGGUGAUGACGACGAUGAUGAUGAUGAUGGUGAUGAGGAAGAGGAAGAAGACGAGGAGGAAGACGAGGAUCAACCACCUGCCAAAAAGAGAAAGUGAAGUGUUUGUUAGAUAACAUAUUCUGCUUCUCUAUCAUGGUUGAGGAGAGUAUGUAGUGGAAAGAGAAGGGGAGGUUUAGCUUUUCUGUCUCUGACAGUGUAGGAAAUUAACCAUCCUUGUUCAGAACAAAUGAAGUGUU